AUGAAAUUAUUACACAAAUACGUAGAAAAGGAUGGUGGAGGGUUUGUUGUUAGUCUUAUACCUGAAGAAGCUGAAGACAUGUGGCAUGCAUACAAUUUGAUUAGUGAAGGUGAUUGUGUAAGAGCAUCCACAAUUAGAAAAGUUCAAAAUGAAUCAUCUACUGGAUCAUCGACAAGUAGUAGAAUUAGAACAAUGCUUCGUAUUCAAGUUGAAAACAUUGAUUUUGAUACACAAGCUUGCAUGUUACGUUUAAAGGGAAGAAAUAUAGAAGAAAACCAGUAUGUUAAGAUGGGAGCUUAUCACACUUUGGACUUGGAGUUAAAUAGAAAAUUUGAAUUAACUAAAAGUGAAUGGGAUUCUGUUUCUUUGGAAAGAGUUGAUAUGGCUUGCGAUCCCACUCAAAAUGCCGAUUUAGCAGCUGUUGUCAUGCAAGAAGGUUUAGCUCACAUUUGCUUAGUCACAUCAAGUAUGACUUUGGUUAGAACUAAAAUUGAUCAAGUUAUCCCCAGAAAAAGAAAAGGAAAUGUUCAACAGCAUGAAAAAGGAUUGACAAAAUUCUUUGAAAAUGUUAUGCAAGGAAUAUUGCGUCAUGUUAAUUUUGAUGUUGUAAAAUGUGUUUUGAUUGCCAGUCCUGGAUUUGUAAAAGAUCAAUUUUUCGAAUUUAUGAUUCAACAAGCUGUAAAAAAUGAUAAUAAAAUACUUCUUGAAAAUAAAGGAAAAUUUGUUCUCGUUCAUUCCUCUAGUGGUUUUAAACAUUCACUAAAAGAAGUUUUAUCAGAUCAAGUUGUUGUAGCAAAAUUAGCAGACACAAAAGCUGCAGGAGAGAUUAGAGCUUUAGAAUCAUUUUAUUCAAUGUUACAAACUGAACCUGCUAAAGCCUAUUAUGGAUUAAAACACGUUGAAAAAGCUGCUGAAAGUCAAGCCGUAGAAAUUCUACUACUUUCGGAUAAUCUUUUUAGAAUGCAAGACGUUAGUAAAAGAAAAAGAUAUGUGCGUUUGGUUGACAGCGUUAAAGAUUCUGGAGGGGAUGUCAAAAUUUUUUCGAGUAUGCACGUAUCCGGAGAGCAAUUAGCGCAGUUAACUGGGGUUGCAGCCAUUUUGCGAUUUCCUAUGCCAGAAAUUGAAGACGACGAAGAAGACGAACAAUAA